GAGUCGGUGUGCCGAUUUAUGUUCUGCGGUAAAGGGUUUCGUGAGGUCGCAUCAUCGAAACACGGGCCAAGUCGUCUGACUGGAUUGGCUGAGUGGUUCCGUCUACACCGUCUCCACUGUGACAACUGACGUCUGGCUGUCAAUAAAGGUCCCAGCCAUCAAUUGUUCCUUAGCGGAAAGCUUUGUUCGUGAUAUUUAUCGCGUCGCUCGCCUUUGACUUCUUCCAUCUUGUGCCUGCAUCAUGCGCUCCUUCGCUCUUACCUUACCUGCUGUGUUGGCAGGCGUCAUUGCAUCGUACCUGCCGACUAGUUCAGGUGCCCUGCAAAACAUCUUGGGGAACACUGACAGAUCGGAGAAAUAUCAUUAUCCAACGGACUUUACACGCGAUCUUCUACCGAAACCCUUCCACAGCCACAAUGAUUACUGGCGAGAGAGGCCUUAUUGGACCGGCCUAUCCUAUGGCGCAGUGUCGACUGAGGCUGAUGUGUGGCUGAUCAAUGGCACGCUCUAUGUCGGCCACGAGCCCAGCGCACUCACCAAACAUCGAACCUUGGAGUCUCUCUACAUCGAGCCCAUCCUCGACACGCUCCAGCGCAUGAACCCAGAAACUCCCUUCGUCCAGCCUGGCGAGCAAAAUGGCGUCUUCGAUACCUCCAGCGCCCAGACCCUCUACCUCUUCAUCGACAUAAAAACCGCAGCCGACGAAACCUGGCCGGCCGUGUUACGCGCUCUGGAGCCCUUGCGUAGCGGCGACUGGCUCUCAACCUACGACGGCAAAAGGUUUUUCUCGAACCCCGUAACCGUGAUCGGAACGGGGAACACUCAAUUGUCAGACGUGCAGAAGUACAUGCCGCGCGAUGUUUUCUUCGAUGCGCCACUCGCGUCACUUGGAGAGGACAAGUAUGCGAAGCUGACUGCGAACGAGUCACCUAUUGCAUCGACAAACUUUGCUUCCUCGUUUGGGGAGUUGAGAAAACGGGCGUUCAACGACACGCAGCUCAACUUGCUGAGAAAACAACUUGAUGCUGCGCAUGCAAAGGGGAUCAAAGCACGCUACUGGAAUCAGCCUGCGUGGCCGGUUGGAACGAGGAACUUUGUCUGGAGACUUCUUUGGGACGAGGGUGUUGACUUUUUGAAUGUAGAUGAUUUGAAGGGAGCGGCGGAGUUUUGGGAGGGAACUGGAUAGAUUGUUGCGAGACUAGAGUCAGACUUGUAUGAAUCAAUAGUAUCUGUCAUGUCGUCUAUGGUUAGAAAGGGUGAUAUGCCUUUUCCAUAUGGGCUCGUGUUAAUUCUUG